CGCCAUACGUCACAUUGCGUCAUGACGUAUUUCCUGUUCUCUACUAAGUUCCCCCUCUGCUUAUCACCGCGCUGUGACGGCGAUGUUUUGGUGAGGGGGGGAAACUACUGCGUCCUAAACGGAUGUAAACACGUUUAAAAACAUGUCAUUUCGAUCGAGUGGGACCUAGGGGCUGCGUUGCCGGGAAACGACGGACGUCUCCGACGAGGGCCUCUCGGAGCAGCUCGUUUUAUUCCCCCGCAUGUCCGUCGCUUUCUUCGUAGAUGGUCUCCGGCGAGCGUUGUUCGACUGCACGGCUCUCGACGAGUAACAUGAAGGAGAUGAUCGGAGGGUGCUGCGUGUGCUCGGACGAACGAGGCUGGGCGGAGAACCCGCUGGUGUACUGCGACGGACACGGCUGCAACGUCGCCGUGCAUCAAGCUUGUUACGGCAUCGUUCAGGUGCCUACUGGUCCCUGGUUCUGCAGGAAGUGUGAAUCUCAGGAGAGAGCAGCUCGUGUGAGAUGUGAGCUCUGUCCCCACAAAGAUGGAGCCCUCAAGAGGACGGACAACGGAGGCUGGGCCCACGUGGUUUGUGCGCUUUACAUACCUGAGGUGGAGUUUGCUAACGUGUCGACUAUGGAGCCCAUAGUACUCCAGUCGGUGCCGCACGAGCGCUACAACAAGACGUGUUACAUCUGUGAAGAGCAGGGCAGAGAGAGUAAAGCAGCCACCGGGGCCUGUAUGACGUGCAACAAACAUGGCUGCCGACAGGCCUUCCACGUCACGUGUGCCCAGUUUGCAGGACUGUUGUGUGAAGAACAAGGAUCAGAUGCAGAUAAUGUCAAAUACUGUGGAUAUUGCAAAUACCAUCACAGCAAACUGAAACACAAGGAGCGGGACAGACACAAGCCGAGGCACAAGAAAGGCUCGAUGGACAUGUCACCCUCUCUUGUCCUUCCAAACAUUUUGGUUCCAGACAAGACCUACAACACCGGCAACUCAGUGGGAGGUGUAACCUCUCUGCCGGCAGCCUCGCAGAAGCGACUGGAAGACAACGCCGCCCGUUUCACCAACGCCAACUUCCAGGAAGUGUCAUCUGCUCACCCUGGCAGCAGCUCCAAGGACGGCUUGGCCGCAGACGCUGGCAAGGCAGCGUCCGAGGUCAAGAAUAAGAAGACCAGUGGCGGCGGUCACACGGCAGGACAGAGGGGCGGGCGCAAGUCUUUCACCUCCUCAGGGAAACCCCUACCCUCUGCCGUGGUCACCAUGGCAACCUCCUCUACAUCUGCCUCCGUUUCCACGGGGCCUUUCCAUCAAGGCCUGCUGCUGACCAGCGCCAGCAAAACUCCUGCCCCUUCCUCCUCAGACUUCCUAAGCUUCUCGGAUUCAUCGUUACGACCCGGUGGUGGAACUUCCUUUUCCUCCCCACCGUCGUUCAGCAGCUGCCUGGUGAAACCAAGUUUGGAGGGGGGAGCUUCCGAGGGAACCGCAACUCUCUUUGGUUCUCUAAUGUCGGCUACGACAGCUUCUGCAGGAGUUGGUGGAAAGCUGUACGAGAACUCUCUCGGCCACGCAGCGAGCGAAGCGACGAGCCUCGCCGGGUCGGCGGGCUACAAGCGGCCUCAGCCCUCCAGCUCAGGUCUGGGGGUUAGCGGAGCGGCCACCGGCGGAACGGAAGAUGGUGUGAAGAAAAAAAAGAAGGGCAACUGGAGGAAUAGAUUCGGACCUUGUUUCACCACAGAACUAAAGCCCUCCGAGGCAGCUCCAUCUUUAACGCUCCCCACCUCCUCCACAGCCAGCACCACCUCCUCUUCCUCCUCUGCCUCCACUUCCUCCUCGACGCUUUCAGGACGGUCAGGUUUGGUUUCCAGCAGCGGAUUAGGAGUGGGAAUAGGAGGAGGGGAAAGGGGGCUGGGGGUCAUGGGCAUCACUGGUGGCAUUCAGAAGUCCCCGUCGCUCCUGAGGAACGGAAGCCUGCAGAGCAACAGCAGCUCCUCGACGGCCGGCUCAGGUGUCUUCUCUGCUGCCGACGGGUCAUCGUUGGGGACAGGAGUCGUCCCAGUGGGCGGGGCCACGUCCGAGUUGUCACAGCAACAGCAGCCCACGCCUUCCCUGGCCCCUCCCUCCCCUUUCACCGCCGCUGCUCCUCUCAGCAGCACGUCCUCCACGCACGUGGGGGCUCUGCCCGGCUCCGUCUUCAACCUGGCCCCCCCUCACAUGUUCGGCAACAGGCUGAACCCCAACUCCACCAUGGCGGCGCUCAUCGCUCAGUCCGAAGCGUCACCAGCAGAUCAGGAGGUGGGAGACGGCGGCGGCGUUGGCGGCGGAUCUCAGGGCUUCUCCAUAAGAGCUUCUCCCAAGACCACCCCGCGCUCUCCCAUUGGUGGCCUGCAGAUUCGCUAUGACUCCUCGGGGUCGUUGCCGGGGCCAGGGUUGGGGUUGCUAGGGGCCGGGGGAGGCGGCGGUGGCGAGACGCUGCCCCCCGUGGCCACUAGCAUCGAGCAGCUCCUGGAGAGGCAGUGGAACGAAGGGCAGAGCUUCCUGCUGCAGCACGGAGCGCAAGGAGACGUGGUGGGAAUGUUGAAGUCGCUCCACCAGCUGCAGGAGGAGAACAGGAGGCUGGAGGAGCAGAUCAAAACUCUGACCAUGAAGAAGGAGAGACUCCAGCUCCUCAGCGCUCAGCUGUCGGUGCCUUUCACUCCGUCAGCGCCCUCCGCAGACGUGAAAGGCACCGACUGCUCUUUACCUGCGGCAGCUCAGGACGCUGCUUCAUGCGGCGGCCACAGCAGCAGCGGCUCCACCUCUUCGCUCUCCGCCUCUCCCUCCGUCUCUCAGAGCCCGCCUCAGCCGGUGCUGAACGGCGUCGCGACCGCCGCCGGGCUGGGCGGAGUCACGGGGCUGAUGGGGUCUCUGGGCGCAGGGAGCGCCCUGGGGAUCGUCGGGGCGCUGAACGGCGUGAUUCAGGCGCCCGCGGGCACCGGCAGCCCCCACUCGCACGCCGCAGGAGCAGUGACGAGUAACAGCAGCUCAACCACCAGUAAGAACAGCGCCGCCCACCUCGGCCUGCUGUCGGAGCAGCAGCGACUCCUGCAGCACCAUCAGCUCCAGCAGCUGCUGUCCUCGCAGCCUUCAGCCGAUCAGCAGCAGGCGUUGCUCUACCGGCUCAUGCAGCAGCAGCAGGACCUCCAGCAGCUGCAGUCCCUCUCCUCCUCCACCUCCUCCGCCCAGCUGCCCAUCAACUUGCUGCCCGGCGCUCAGAACCAAGGCCAAGGCGCCAUCACUGCCAACCCCUUCCUGGCGCUGCAGCACGCACACACCGACGCGCACGGCUCAGGGCAGCAGAAGCCUCGGCUAGCCGAGAAGGCUGUGGGCGUCGCCGGGCAGGAGAAGACAUGACGGCGCCGGCUCGCUCUGAUAAAUACGCCGAGGCUUCGUCUCCGCUUCCUGGAGCGUUAACCGAGGAGGAGUUUGUCUCUGUUGGCGUUUCUUUCCAGCGGUGCGCUGAAAUCUAAAAUCAGAAGCUCGCUUUCAAUCGCGUCCCCAUUUCUGCUUGGAGUUGUGCUAUUUAUUUGAAACUAACUUAUAGUUUUGUUCUUUGUAACUUCUGGUAGUGGCUGUGUU